UCCUUUUUGUUGCUGCCGCCGCCGCCGAGUGUCAGUUUCAGCGCCGCCGCCUGCGGUCUCCCAGGCCCUAACUACCCCACCGCCUGCCGCCUGCGCCCGCGCGCGAGCCCCGCCGCGCGCCCGAGCCCUCGCCUCACGUCCGGGUCCCCGCCGGCGCCGCCCGGGUCCCAGCGCCGCAGCCCCGCGCGCAGAUGGCGCACUCGGCGGCCGCCGUGCCGCUGGGCGCGCUGGAGCAGAGCUGCCCCAUCCGCGUGGAGCACGACCGCAGGCGCCGCCAGUUCACUGUCCGGCUCAACGGAUGUCAUGACCGGGCCGUCCUGCUCUAUGAGUACGUGGGCAAGCGGAUCGUGGACCUGCAGCACACCGAGGUCCCAGAUGCCUACCGUGGGCGCGGCAUCGCCAAGCACCUUGCCAAGGCCGCCCUGGACUUCGUGGUGGAGGAGGACCUGAAGGCCCAUCUCACCUGCUGGUACAUCCAGAAGUACGUCAAGGAGAACCCCCUGCCGCAGUACCUGGAGCGCCUGCAGCCGUAACCCUGGCCUGCAGGCGGGAGCGCUCCCUGCCAGACUCUUCCACGUGGCCUUUGCCCGGCCCUACGUGCUCUCAGGAACCUGGUCCCACUGGGAACAGACUCAGAGUUAUUUUUGUAAGGACACUUAUCUGUGCUCCGCGUCCAGAUCCCUGGAGGCCACUGACCAAUGAUGGGCGGUGACCCGGUAACUGAGGUGGCAAGGAGGCCAGGUAGUCCCGGCACCUCCCACUCUGCAGAGACCAGCAGCUUCGUGGGAGGCCUGUGGGCCGCACUAGGGGCUAGAGCCAGCCAGCAUCCCCCCCGCCGGCUUCCACUUGGACAUCAGCAGGAGGGCCAGUGCGGGACCCCUGCUGCCACCUCUCCUGGGCCUGUGUCCUUUCUGGAAAUUAGGAAGGUGUGCCCCAGAGCCAAGAGGAGCAAUAAGAAACCUCAUGUGCCAGCUUCUGAGGGUGGCAGCGCCAGACCCCACCUGCCACCAGUGCUGCCCCUUUCUCAGACCCCCAUGCCCAGUACAGGCAGGGCCCUGGAAGGGAGCAGCUCUCGCUGACAGAAACCAGGAGAGUGAAGGACUGAGCACUGGCCAGGCUCAAUUGCACGUGCGGUUCACACGUGAACACACAGGAUGUGGUCGACAGGCGGGCUGGUGGUGGGUGCCGUGGGUGUUUCCCUCUCCUUGGUAUCCCUAUCUUUUUUUUGGUCUCUCAUGUGUAGGUUCUGCAGGAAACCAAGGCCCCAUCCCCCUGGGCUGCUGUCCCCUAUACCCCUGUCUGCUGGGAGCAGCUCCAAGGGCGCCUGAGCAGCUGCAGGCCCGUCCCUUGCUGGCCUUGACCACCUGCCUGAGCGUUCUCUGAAAAGAUGUCUUGGAGCUGGGGUGGGAGAGAGACUGACUGUUCUCCAAAAACUGGCGUCAGCAUCCAAGAGGAAGAAACAUCAGGCACAGGGGUUUCUGUGCUGCUGCCAGACAUCAGUGUCCUCUUUUGGGCUGGCUAAGCUAGAUACACUCUGCUGCCCAUCCGGCCCUGGGCUCCUCCCCAACCCAGCCUUCCUGGGUGCAGUCUGGGAGACACACCAGCACACUUUGGUGGGACCAGCCUUUCCCGGGCAUGCUGGCUUCCUCUGGGGCUGGCUCAGGCCCUGCCCUCUUGUGUCAGCUCUAACAAGGGUCAGAUUCGUCCCUGCUCCUCUGUAGAGCUGGAGGGUGACCCUGGAGCCAGGGGCCCUUUAGGGCUGAGACAUUUGUUAGUCAACACCACAUCCCUUGGGAGUGAUGCAUUCCCACCAGGCUUCGAGGGGUGUCAGGCUGGGCUCUGGGCAGUACAGGGAGAGGUCGACUCCCCCGGUGCAGCAGCAGUGGUUGCCGUGGUGACUCCUCCCUUUGACUCCAUGCGCAGGCGCUGGCUGGCCUGUGGUUGCAUUUUUCCACUCACCUCCUUGCUAUCCCCAGUCUUGGCACCGAGACCCCCCGCAUUCCUUCUUCAGCCACAGCAGCUCAGGGGUCGUCCUGCCUGGACACAGGACCAUGGAGACCUGCAUGUGCAGGGAGGCCUGGCAUCCUGCCGAUGGGGGUCCUGGAGCCCCAGAGUCUCCUCGAAACCCCUGCUGUGGGUCACAGCAUGGACCAGCAGGGGUCACCAUCCUGAGCACCCCCCACAUCCCUGCCCCUUGCCCUGGCCUCCAGGAAUUCGGCUCUUUUGCAGAGGGCUUGUGUGAGAGUUCGGAGAAGGCCCUGGGCCUCCAGGGAGAUGCAGCUGGCAGGAGGUGGGCCGAGCUGCUCCGGGUCCUCUCCAGGGCUGGGGUGGCCCACUGCUGGCAGAAUUUAAGGAAAGAGGAGGUUGUAGGCACAGAGGAUGGGCAGCCAGGCCUGGCCUUCCCCUUACUGUCCCGGGGCAGCAGUCCUGGAGGCCUCCUUUCCCCUCCCUAAGUCACCCCCUUCCCAUGCACACGUCCCUCCCCACGUUCAAGCACAUAGUCCAUCAUGACCACCCAGGAGCUCAGUGAGCUGAGGCUGUGUCCCUGUGGCCUCCAGCCCACCCGCAGGAGGGUCCCUUGCAGUGGCAGUACAAGGAGCCCCCCACAGGAAGCCCUUGAGAGCCAGGAGGGACUGGGCCUGGCCCCACCCUGUUCCCACUCUCACCUAAGAUUCCUCCCCCUGUGUUCUAGCAGGUGACUCUCCAUCCGGCCAGCCCACAACCAGUACUUGAACCAGGAGGCUUGGGGUGGUGGAGGCCUGCAGAGGCCCUGGGCCCAGGAACUGAGGCUAGGGCUUUCUCAGGAGGCCUGAUCGAAGCUCCCACUGGUAUGACCUGGCCUCGCCUCGGGCUGCCUUACAUCACCGCUAACCCACGCCAGGGGGCUAGGCAGGGCUUCGUGGGACCUGGCCCAAGGUCUCCAGCAGAGCAAUAACCACAUCUCCCUAGGUCGGGUCGUCACAGACACCCUGCCCUGGAGCCCCCAGCCCAUCCCGUCUGGUGCUACCCUGUCUGCCUGGCAGCCCAACCUCACCCCUCCCAUCGGGUCACCUGGGAGUCCUUGGUAAGGAUGCCACCACAUGGGGACGGUUUAUGCAUCUGGGCGAGAGCCAGAGUGAGGCAGGGGAUGCUCGGGGGCCUGCAGGUCUCCCACAGAGCUGCUUUCCUGCCCGCCUCACCCUGUGUGUUUCUAUUUCUUGCCCGGUCAAAAUAGGCAGUGACUCGUGCCUUCCUUCCUCAGGGCCCAUGGCAGGGUGUGGACCCAGCUGGCCCCAGGACCGCCCCCUUCCUCAUUCUCCAAGCUCCUCAACAGGUCUCAGAGGAACGUUUCCAUAAAAGGCGUGGCCUGACUUGCAGUGCUGUCCCCACACGGUCGCCUCUCCCACAGCAACCUGCUGGUCAGCCCUGUCCUUAACUGGUGGGGAGGUUGAGGUGGGAAGGGGGAGGCGGGCUUCCCUCCCUGGUGUCUGGCCACUCUUCUCAGUCCUCAGCCCAGCCUUCAGUGUGGAGAGCGAGACCCUGAGUGGCACUGGGGCUUGGCUGAGGUCUCCCCGCAGGAUAACAGUGACUUCAGGACCCCAGAUCCCAGUCUGGGCAGCUCUGCCUUUCCAACUGGCCCAGCCCCCACAUCACAGUUCCCUGCCAUCUCCAGGUGCAAAAGCCCCUGACGCCACAGCCCAGCUAUGCAGCAGAGUGACUUUGUGGGGUUUCCUAGGAAGGGGCAGCGAUGCCAUGCGUGAGAUCCACUGUGCCAUAAGAAGUCGCUCCUUUGGGAUUUCUGGUCCACUGCAGGGAGGUGAGGCCCAGCCUCAUGUCAACACAUGUCCAUCAAAGAAAGCUGUGGCUAAUGCUUACAAAACAAGUGAAAAUAUUGCACCAGGCCCAGGGCCACAUCUCAUUCCAUGCCAGCUACUGAGGGAGGGAACAGACUGCAGGACAGUUUCUCCUAGUUCCCACUCAGGGUUACAUGGCUACUCAGAAUGAAAGAGAAAGUGUCAGGUCCGUUGCAAUCUUUUUUUCCUUUUUUUUUUUUUUGGAGAUGGAGUCUCGCUCUGUUGCCCAGGCUGAAGUGCAGUGGUGUGAUCUCAGCUCACUGCAACCUCCACCUCCCGGGUUCAAGCAAUUCUCUUGCGUCAGCUUCCCAAGUAGCCGGGAUUAUAGGUGCGUGCCAUCACGCCCGGCUAAUUUUUGUAUUUUUAGUAGAGACAGGGUUUCACCAUGUUGGCCAGGCUGGUCUUGAACCCCUGACCUCAAAUGAUCCACCCGCCUUGGCCUCCCAAAGUGUUGGGAUUACAGGUGUGAGCCACCUCACACGGCCCCGUUGCAAUCUUAUUCCACUUUGUUUUCACAGCAGUCCCGUGACAUGCCCAUUAUUAGGCCUAUUUGAUAGAUGAGACUGAGACUCAGGGGUCACAAGCCAAAGCCCAUGCCACUUGAAGGGCUCAGGAUUCAGCCCAGCUCCCGUCCUCUUGGUGGCACCCAGCUUGUGUGAUAGGAGAUCUUACGUCUGCUUGUGGUGACAGAUGGCCUUGAAAGCAAUAAACGUAAAACUUCCAGCAACUUCCCACUCAGCUGCAAGCCUGCGGUGGGUCCUGCCUCGAGCCGUAAGGUGAGCGGCUAACCAGUGUUGGGCUGGUAUGGAGAAGGCUGAAUCGCCUGUGAGGCUGGGGUUGUAGGCAGGAAUAUUCAUGGAGCCCCUGACCAUACACUCACACUGCUCUUCCUCAGUUCAGGGUUCUUGGAUUUGCUCAAGUCCACCCAAAUAUCCCUUUAUGAUUCUCAGGGUCCCACUCCUUCCAGAUCCAGUGCCCUAAAUUUUACAUAAGAGUUCCGGCAAGGCUGUGAAUUCAACUUGUGUUGUAACUGCAACCUGCAGGAUCGAAUUUAGGGUUAUGUUUUCAGUUGUAUCAGUCUUAUGGCUACAAGAUAUUAAAGAGAUUCUUUUCUGGUUAUCAAA